AUGGAUUUCCAGCUCGCCCUCAUCCUGCUGCCCCUUCUCUCUGCACAAACAGGAGAUUCAACUCCUGUCAUCGAACACAAAUGCGAGUAUCUCCUGAUCCGUCAGUGCCAGGAUCUUGGAUUCAGAAACGUGCUGCUGCCUAAUCACAUGGGACAAAACACUCAAGAGCACGCAGCCCGGGAGAUGCAGAAGUUUCACCGAUUCUUCCAAGCAAACUGCUCUGAGGAUUUCAAAUGGCUCCUGUGCUUUGUGUAUGCGCCUGUGUGUAAUGUGCAGAAGGAGCCGGUGUUUCCCUGUAAGGAGGUGUGUGACCGGGCCAGAAGCAGCUGUGAACCUGUCAUCAACACGGCUGGGUUUCAGUGGCCCAGUAGUCUGCGCUGUGAGGGCUUUCCGGACCAAGGGACCUGCAUGAACCGGCCCACACCUGCCCCUCCGACCCCCACUCACCCCACUCUCUGCCCAAUAUGUAUGGGACUCCUCUGCAGGUUUCAAGAAGUGCUGAUGGGAGAAAACUGA